AUGGCUGAUCAACAGCUCGGUCCCUCCAAGAAAGAAAAAGAAUUUCCCGAGUUGAGACUGCGCUUCUGGGGCGGUAAAAACAGUGUGAUGGGUGGCCUGCUAGCUGAGGCUUUCAUGUCGCCGAGAAGAUAUCACAACCUAGUAGCAGACCACAAGAAAGCACGAGACGCCAGGAAGGCUGCGACAGCUGCUGUUGUGGCUACAACAUCUAUGAAAGCCGACGAGGCUGUUGGCGAAGAGCUUUCGAAGGCUCCAACCUCCGCUGAUGAGAAGGCGGAAGGAACCCCAAAUCUUGAGAAGGCUGGCCGAGGCCUGGUCCGCCAGAAGCUGGACCUGCCAACGCCGCGGGCAGGAAACCCAGCUCCUCAUCGCAUCACAGCAUCGAGCAGGGUUCAGCACAUGAUAGCAAGCAACGUGCCGCGGAAGACCCUCAAGUCUCUCCCGGGCUACGAGGCGGAGGAGGUCCACGUCACCGUAACACAUCGACUAUAA